GCAUGUAAGCGCAUGUUGAAAUCUAAAAAGUCAAUACACGAGGAGUGCUACCAUCCUUUUCCAGUAAUCUAUAUGCUUGAGGUAUCUUUAGCACCAAUUCUGCGUCAUUCGUCGCGAUGACAAGCUGUAACUGAUGGGAAAACCGCAAGAAAUUUCAAAUGGAGAGACAGCACCGAGCAUGUGCGUCAACGAGAGUCCUUCGAUCGUAGUGGAAAGCAUACAAUAUCGGUGCAUGAAGAUGCUUCCUGGAUUUGGAGACGAGAGCCUCGGUUCUCAGUGAUCAAGAGAAGGGAGAAACUUAAAGCUGGUUGCGAGAUCUGUAUAAAGCGUUUGGUUUGGCCGACUCAAUGCAUAAUUCCUCAUCGCAACAGAUUUCACACACUUGUUUCGUUCUUGUCAAGAUCAACAUUUAUACAGCAUUGUAUUUAGUUUCACAACUCAAGCAGUCAUGCAGUUCUCAAAGAUCUUCAGCUUUCUGAUGGGCUUUACUGUGCUUGCUACUGCUCUUCCAAUCCUAUCUGAAAAUGGUUGUGAAGAAGUCGAAGCACCAAGCGCAUACGCGAAUGGGGAGACUGGCUUGGUCGGAAGAACUUGCGCAAUUUUAAAGCGGGCAGAAGCGACUCCAAAAGUGAACGGAUGCGAAGAGGUGGACGCCCCGGCAGCAUAUGAGGCUGGGGAAACUGGAAUCGAAAAGAAGAAGAGGACUUGCCAAAUUCUCAAGAAAUAACUUUAUUCAACUUGUCGAAAAUCCCACGAGCCCCAAAAAUUUACAUUCCUUUCUAUGAAUUUGAGGAAUAACGAGAUCGAGACGUUGAAAAAUGAUGACUACAACGAUGGGGGAAGGGAAGGGGGGAGGGUGAUGAUUAUGACUAUGAAUAUGACUAUGAUGAUAAUGACGCAUUCUCUUGAAUUAGACACGUUAGGAUUUGUCCCA